AUGACGUCGGAGCGUUCUCGAAUCCCGUGUCUCUCGGCUGCUGCUGCCGAAGGAACAGGGAAAAAGCAACAAGAAGGAAGAGCAAUGGCGACACUGGAUCGCAAAGUGCCCAGUCCGGAGGCGUUUCUGGGCAAACCCUGGUCCUCCUGGAUCGACGCCGCCAAAUUACACUGCUCCGACAAUGUAGAUUUAGAAGAGGCUGGAAAAGAGGGUGGAAAAAGCAGGGAGGUUAUGAGGCUUAAUAAAGAAGAUAUGCACUUAUUUGGCCAUUAUCCAGCACAUGACGACUUCUAUCUCGUAGUGUGCAGUGCCUGUAAUCAGGUCGUCAAGCCACAAGUUUUCCAGUCGCACUGCGGAGCCCUGUUGAUACGAUUCAGCAAAUGCCAACAAAGCAUUUACUUUCCCAAGGGAGAAAGCAAGACAACAAGAGAAAUGCAAGCAUCUCCCGGAGAGGACGCAGAGCAGCCAAGCCCUAGAGAAGCAUCAGGUGGGAGAAUGGGCAGUGCAGAAGAUAUGCACAACCUCUGAAAGACCACGGAGACUGGCCUUGCCUGGAGAAGGCUUCCUGGAAGAGGAGACUCCAGCAGACCCCUGAAGUGUGGACAAGCUUCCAUGUACUGCAAAUUCGUGAGCACACUCUGGUGAUAGGGUCUAGUGAGGAAAUGGGCUUGCAGAGCAGGGGGCACCUGUGGGGUUCUUCUCUCCAUUUCCACCACCACCACCUGGUCCAAGCUGCCAUCACUUCUCACCUGGACAACUGCAAAAGCCUUCCAGCUGUUUCCUCUGCUUCCACUCUUGCUCCUCUACAAUCCAUUCUGCACACCAAAGUCAGAAUCAGAGUCCAAGUUAACCAUGUCAUUCUCUUGACUUGUGGCUUCCCAUUGCUCUUAAGCUAAAAGUAAAAAAAAAAAAAAAAAAAAAAAAUCAUUCUCAUGGCUUCAAGGUCAUGUAUGGUCUGGACCACAUCCUGUGCCAGGCUCCCUUUCACUCUCUAUAUGCCAGUUAAGAUGGCCUUCAAAAUUUCAGCACAUUGGGUCUUCUCGUCACAGGGCCUUUGCACAUGCUUUGCCCUUUCUAUAUGUGAUUUUUUUUUCUUUCAUCCUCUCUUUCCAAAGCUAUCUCUGAUUCAUCCUCCAGAAUGCAUCUUAAUGAUUACUUCCUCCUGGAAAACUUCCUAAUUUUCAUAACUAGAUUAACUCUCCCUCAUGUGUUGAAAACAAAUAUUGAUUGUAUGAAUAUGUGUUUAAUGUCUGUCUCCCCAACGAUGCCACAAGUUCUAUGAGAGUAGGGAUUCAGAGCAUCCCUCAGAGCACAGCACAGCCUCAAUAAAUAUGGGUUGAUUGGAUCAUGGUAAUUGGGAACAUAGACACUGGUAGAAAAAUUAUACUUGACCAGUAUGUAGGGAGGUACCAUUAUGAAUUCUUAAGAGAAUGAAAACCUGAGUUCAUGUCCAGACCCUGCCACCCACUGGCUGUACUAUUUGAAUAAAUCACAGAUCCUCUUAGAGUCUGUUUCCUCAUCUAUAAAAUGGGGAUAUUUACAGCCAUUUCAUGUGGUUAUAACAAGAACUUAAUGAAAUCAUAUAUAUAAAAGCAUUUCUUAAAGUGUAAAACUAGGCACCAAUAUACCUUGUUGUUUUUCCCCAUACCUAGUACAUUGAGUUAUUGAACAUGCAUGGAUGGAUGGAUGGAUGGAUGGAUGGAUGGGUAGAUGGAUGGAUAGAUGGACAUCUUAACAGUUAGAGAGCCAGAACAGUGAGAGGAGGAGUACCCGGCCUGGGGAUAGCAUGACGGAUGCCAACAGAGGAGAGAAUUUCAGGAAGAGGGUGGAGGCUUGUUGAUCCGCCCCCCAGAGUCACAUACAUAGAGGGGGCAGGGAGACCGAGGGGACACUCACUCAACAGGGCCAGAAGGAAGUCACUGGUGACUUCAGGGCAAUUCCUUCUCAGUCUUUUCAUGUUGUCUGUGCUUUCAAUGACAUGCCUUAAUUGUAACUUAAUCACUUUACUGAUUUUUAUCUUUUGGGGGAAAUCAAAUUGAUUUGCACAUACGGCAAAAUUGGUGAGAGGACUCCAGCUGCUGCCAGCAGGUGCUGACAAGUGAAGAAGUGAACCUCUGAGCAUAAGAAAACACACUGAACAUUUAUUUUAAUAAGGCCUAGAAACCUUCGUUAUUUAAUAAAUUGCCAUGGAUAAUUGGUUUCA